ACUCGAUAGAAAGUAUUUAUAGUUUUAUUAUCUACCAUGAUCGAUCAAUAUUUUUUUUACAUUCUUAUCAGUAAAUGUUGAUAACAUAAAUUCGAAUAAGUAAUAACUACUGUCUACUGGCAAGUAAUACAUUUUUGAGCUCACAAUGAUGAUAUGACCUUUAGUACUUUAGCUCAUUGCAGUCAUGUAUUAUUGAGCAAAGUAUUUUUUAGAUUUGAAAUCUCAUUGUAUUUUAUAAUAUGGAAGGUGAUAGUGUUUCAACUGGAGGAACUGGUUUAUUAUUACGAUAUGCCAGUCAAAAUUCAUUAGACGAGAGUUCUCAAAAACAAGUACCAAGGUCAGGGAGACGUGAACGAACUCCAUAUAGAAAUAGUUCUCAUACAGUUCGUGCAUUUGAAGUUUUACAAUCUUUACGCAGAGAUGAGAUUUUUUGUGAUAUUAAAUUAGAAACAGAUGAUAGUACAAUAGUAUUUGGACACAAAGUGGUUUUAGCAUCUGCUAGUCCUUAUUUCCAUGCUAUGUUCACAAGUUUUGAAGAGAGUAAUAAGGAUCAUGUAAUUAUAAGAGAAUUGGAUUCUACUGCAUUAAAACUUCUAGUAGAUUUUAUUUAUACUGCCCAAAUAAUGGUCAGUGAAGAAAAUGUACAGGUUUUGUUACCAGCUGCAAAUCUCUUGCAAUUGCAUGAUGUACAAGAUGCAUGUUGUGAUUUCUUACAAUCACAACUGCACCCUACAAAUUGUCUUGGUAUCAAGGCGUUUGCUGAUUUACAUGGCUGUAUGGAACUAUUGUCAAGUUCUGAAUCAUAUAUUCAACAACACUUUUCAGAAGUGGUUGAAGGUGACGAGUUCCUAUCCUUAUCAUCCGAACAAGUAGUUAAGUUGAUCUCUAGUGAUGAACUUACUGUUCCAUCUGAAGAAAAAGUAUUUGAAUGUGUUAUUUGUUGGGUAAAUUAUGAAUCAAAUUGUAGAAAAGAUAUUUUGCCUAAAUUAAUGGAACAUGUUCGUUUGCCAUUAGCAUCAAAAGAAUAUUUACUUAAGAGAGUAGAAGAGGAACCUCUUCUUAAAAAUAGCCUUGAAUGUAAAGACUAUAUAAUUGAAGCGUUAAAUUUUCAUUUACUUAAGUCUGAACAACCUGGUACUAUUCCAAAAACUAUUCGUACCAAACCUAGACAACCUGUUGGUUUACCUAAAGUAACUUUUUCUAGUGAUUUAUUUAGUUUUACAAUUAGUAUAUCAAUUUAUACUUUACAGGUAAUACUAGUGGUUGGCGGACAAGCACCUAAAGCGAUUCGUAGUGUAGAAUGGUAUGACCCAGGAACUAAUCGAUGGCAGUCUGGACCAGAAAUGAGUACACGCCGUUGUAGAGCUGGCCUGGCUGUAUUAAAAGAUCGCCGUGUAUUUGCUGUGGGUGGUUUUAAUGGCUCAUUAAGAGUUCGUACAGUUGAUAUGCUUGAUUUGUCAUCACCAUCACCUUGUUGGGUACCAACAGUUGCCAUGUUGGCUAGACGAGGAACUUUAGGAGUUGCUGUAUUAGAUAAUUGCAUUUAUGCCGUUGGCGGUUUUGAUGGUACUAGUGGUUUAAAUAGUGCAGAAGUUUUUGAUUGCAGUACUCAAGAAUGGCGAAUGGUAUCUAAUAUGUCUACUAGGAGAAGUAGUGUUGGUGUUGGAGUACUCAAUAAUCUUUUAUAUGCGGUAGGAGGUUAUGAUGGAUUAUCAAGGCAGUGUUUAAAAUCUGUUGAAUGUUAUCAUCCUAGUACUGAUACGUGGACACCAGUUGCAGAAAUGUCUGUACGUCGCAGUGGUGCUGGUGUAGGAGUUUUAGACGGUGUAAUGUAUGCUGUUGGUGGUCAUGAUGGACCUGAAGUUCGUAAUAGUGUUGAGGCUUAUAGACCGAGUACUGGAGUUUGGACUUCUAUUGCUGAUAUGCAUAUGUGUCGAAGAAAUGCUGGAGUAAUUGCAUUAGACGGGUUAUUGUAUGUUGUGGGUGGUGAUGAUGGAGCUUCCAAUUUGGCUUCUAUAGAAAUUUACAAUCCUAACACCAAUACAUGGUCCAUGUUAACAGCCUCAAUGAAUAUUGGCCGAAGUUAUGCUGGAGUGGUGGUUAUUGAUAAACCUCCACACUUUAAUAAUUGAAUGGUAUACAGGUGUAUUGUUAAAAUAUCUAGUUUAGGUAAUGUGAAUAUUCUAUUAUAAUAUUUAUAUAUAAUUUAAGUUAAUUAAAAUAGAAUCAAAUUAGUAAGCCAUAUAAUUAAUUAAAUUAUAAAUAUUUAUGUGUAAAGGUUUAUUAGUAUUUUAAAAUAAAAUUUGAUAAAAGAUAAUUGAAAAUGUUUUUACUCAAAUCGUUUUUAAUAAAUAUAUUUUAAUCCUAAAGGUAAUGCAAGACUUACGCAUAAUAAUUAAGGGUGUGAUUUACAUUUCCUUCCUCCUAAUCUGAUUUGGUAUUAGGCUAAUUGUUGAAAGCUUGUCUAUGACAAUUAUUUUUCUUAUGGUAAUGAAUUUAAAUACAAUAAUUAAUACAAUUUUAAGCUGUUCAGUUAUUUUUAUUUUUUUUAAUUAAAUACUUAAUCAUUCUUUUAUUUUUCUAAAUAAUUAGGAAUGUGUGAAGUCAGUAAAUAAACUUAUAUUUUUGCAGAAGUAAGUAUCCAUUGUACUAUAUUUAGUCCCUAACGAUAAUAAAAAAAUCUUUUGUUGUUGGGAAACCCCUUCCUAAAUGGCUAAUUGUUUCUGUUUUAUAAAUAAAAUAUUUACUACUUACAUACCUACAUGUUUGGUUAAAAAGUUAAAUUUGGUUAGAAUAGAAUAUCCAACUUACUUCAUGAUGAAUAAAUAAAUUAAGAUGUUGACUUACAUGAGCAUUCAUUAAUAUCCAUGAAUAGUAUGUAUAUGAUUUUUUAUAGAAUGUAAUUUGUUAAAUUUAUAGUAUAGAUUGGGAUAGAAUUGGAGUUAACAAUUUCCUGAGUACUGGAUCAACAUGUCUAAAUGUAAUAAUUUUUGUUUAAGUUUUUGAACUUGGCAGCAGUUUAGCAGAUUUCCUGAACGGUUAUAUGGUGGUGAUAUAAAAUUUUUGUUAUGUGAAUAGUUAACCAUAUUAUAAAAAACUUUGGAUAUCGAAAGAAAAAAAAUCUCGUCUGAACAUGCAUAUAGCUUAUAAGAUAUUAUACGAGUUUUUCAAACUAAUUAUGAAUUGUGUAAUAUUCGACCUUUUAUCUAAUACUUUUUUUUUUAUCACGUUUGCAUAUACAAUAGGUACAUCGAACAUUUGUCACCAGCACUCGCCGCGCUAGUCACGGUUGAUUUACUUUCGAAGACAAAUAAUUAUUAUUUCGUUCAUAAAAUAUUUAAUAACAAUAAAUUACAGUUAGUAAUAAUUAGUUUAUUAUAUGGUAAAUAUUAUUACAUUAUUGUGUAUCACAUUAGUGGUAUUUUUAUAGUUACACGAGACGACGAAUCGUAAACAACUAAUAGCCAUUGUUUUCGUAAUGACAACAACUUUAACCAUGAACAUAAACUUAUUUAACAAUUUUUUUAUAACAUCGUUAACGCUGUUAACAGUUUACGUGACUGUAAUUUCUACACUGCGUCAACCAGGUAUAAUAUUAAUAUAUAACGACAUACUUAAUAAUAUUUGGUACAUUUAUACAUUUUAUUGCAAAUUGUCUGUCGCUUUGUUCGAGUGACAAUAAUGAAACAUGUCGGCAGACUAUUCUAUAAGUUAUAGUUAUCAAUAACUUUAUUGUAAUAAACUUAAUAAAUAGUUGUUUGUAAAUGUUAGUUUAGUACAUUUUGCUGUAUCGGAAUAAAUGUAAUUCCAAUAAACAAAAUAGAUAUUCAAAAUUUCAAA